AUGCCUGGUGACGCUGGCCUCCUCCUGGGCGCUCCCGCCCUCCGUAAUGACACCGUCUUCCUUCGUCUCGUCGAGGAGACCGAAGACUACGCCUUCACCGUUGUCCUCGGCGAGCUGCUGAGCAAGCUCUGUGCCCCUGUGACGUCCACCGGACGUGUCACCUCAUCUCACCCUGACAUCCACAAGAAUGGCGGUUACUGCAACAUUACUGGCGGAUACUGCAUCGGUCGUCACCCCAACAAGAAGGGCAUUCCCAACCUUCCCUCUGCCCUCACCUCCCGUGUCCUCUCUCGCAUACAUGUCAAGAUCGUCGUCGACCGCACUGGCGCACUGUGGCUGAUGGAUCUCAAGAGCCUCCACGGUACCACUGUCAGCCGUGGCCCUCGCGAUAUCCCACUCAAUGCGUACUCUCCUUUCCGCCUGGAGGAGGGUGACGUGCUGAUUCUCGGCAAGCCCGUGAUCUCGCGUGACGGCGUGACUCACCUUCCGCUACGCGUGCGUGUCCAUUACACACUCACCCCACCCGUCAAGCCCGAUAUCGCCUUCCUUCCCGGCCCCAACUUGGCGGAGAACUUGAGCGACAUCACUCUCCAACCGCGCUCUCCCACACGUGGGUGGGGCAUACCCGUUACGUACGAAUCAGAACUCGACGACGAUGAGCUGGCGGCCGACAUUCGUCACGACGUCACCGUUGAUGACGACGGAGGGGACAGUAUCGUCGGCAUGGGCUCGCCUAAGAUUAUCAAGCUCGUCAUCCCGCCGGUGCAUGACGACACCGCUGACAGCGUCGCGUUCACUGGCUCGAGUCCCAAUCAUUCCCAGACCCAGACCUCCGUCUCUGCUCCUAAGAUUGCCUACAACCCCAUAACUGGUCACGACAUGUACAGCCCCGAGGAUGCUGCUGCUAUCCGCCAGUCGAUCCUCGCCAUCCCACCUUCCCAUGAAGAGAUGGGUGACGACCACUCCGAGCGGUCGUAUGGCGGUGUCAUGAUGGGUGAUGACCUCUCCGAACGCUCAUACAGUGACGACGAGAUGGAUGACGACCGCUCUGAGCACUCGUUUGAUGAAGACAGAGUCUCCGAGCGGUCGUUUGACGAAGAGAGAAUCUCUGAGCACUCGUACGACGACGACAGAGUUUUCGUGCAUUCGUUUGGCGUUGACGUAGUCUGCGAGCACCGGAAUGACGAGGGCGACUCCAUCAGCGAUAACGAGCACCGUCACAACGACUAUCUCGAGAGCGACGAAGACGGAAUGAGGGGCAAGGAGCGCAUGGGCGAUGUCGAAGCCGAGGACUCCGACGACGACAUGUCGGAGAACAUGGACUACAGUGAUGACGACCUAUCCGACCAUGAUGACGAGGGCUCGGAUGGCUCCGAUGACAACAUCUCCGUGCGCUCUGAUGAAGAAGAGGGCGAGGCGAUCGACUCUAGAGACGUCGACCUUCAUUCGCAGCGGACGAGCGACGAGGAGGGCGAGAAUGAGAACAAGAAGGAGCCCAGGGCGUACUCUCAGUUCCUCUAUGACCCUUUCGCCGAUCUCGAGUCUAUAGCGUUUUACCAUUCGCUACCCCACGCGGACGUCGUUCCCAGCUCCGUGCCGGAGGAGACCGACUUCGUCCAGUCCGCUGAUAACGCUGUUGUUCAAGUCGUCGAUGAGUUCGACGACGUCAUGACCGAGGCGUCUCGCCUUGGGGUUAUUGAAGUCAUCGACGAGGCCCCACCCAAGGACGUGCUCAAGGAUGUGGGUGAUGAUGGCGAAAUCCUAGUGGCUUCCUCCGAGCAGGCUGCUACAAGAAGCACGGACAAGGGGUACAGCUUCACUGCCAUCAACCGCGAGCACUCUCCGACCUACAGCCCGUCAAGCCCAGCGGAGUCGCGCUUGAGAUCACCCGUCACCGUUGCCUGGGAGCCCCGUUCUAGCGCUGCGUUCUCCGACGUGGCUAACUCCGGUCUCAGCAGCGUCUCUCCGCGUUACGUCCCGUUCUUUCCUCGGUCGUCAACUGCCAACAGCAGCGAGUUGGAGCACGACGAGGCACACGAAGGCUUGUGGAGCCAAGGGCUGCAUCCCGAGUUGCCCAGCGUCGUCAUGAUUCCUGAUGAGAUCGAGGAGCCCAGAUAUGACGAGGCUGAUGAGAGCGACGCGGAGAUGGAGACUGCAACCCCAAACAUGCAGGAGGUGAUCUACUCUAUCCCUCCUUCCCCUCCAGCCUCGACUAGCAGCUCUGUCGCGGAGCGCGUCGAUUACAAGGUCGAGGCGGUUCGCACGGCUGUUCCCCCCACGCCGCCGUCUCCGGCAUACAAGGCUCUCGCACCCGAGGUCUCCACCUCGGACGCGUCUUCAAUUACCCUGUCCACGGCGACCAUGGACGCUGCUACCAACACUAGCGCGCCAACUCCCCGCAAGCGCAAGCUCUCGGUCGUCGAAGAGGAGGCUUCCGCUGGGCACGCCAAAUCGGGCGCUGUUGUCGUUCCCACAGACAUUUCUACUCGCCCAACUCGCCGUCGUCGCAUUGGGACGUUUGUGACGGGUGUUGCACUUGGCGUCGGCAUUGGCGUCGUCUCGACUUUUGGUGCGCUGUACCAGCUCGGCGCGGAGUAG